AUGUUUCUAGUCACUCUGGAAGGAUUACAUGAAAUUCAUCGAUAUUUGAACAAUACCAACGAUAAUUCUGAACAACAAGAAUAUUUUAUUAAUUCCUUAUUUCACUUCCGUAUUCGAAGUGUUACUCUAUUUCCAUAUUUUCCAAAUUUCACCUCGGACAAUCAAGAGGAGUAUCUCCAAAAGGAAAUUGCGAAUGAUCCUAAAAAGGUCAUUUUGGUGGUGGAGCAUUGGGCCAUUCCACCACGAAAUGUCUCAAAUCAUAAAAUCUAUGCAAGUGGUGGUGGUACGAGUGGUGGUGACCAUUUAAAGAGAAUUCGAUUGAGUUUGUUGAAUACUCCGAUUUAUCCAAUCACGGUGAGGGAAUGGAAUGAGAAUUCGAUUGAAGUGGAACCAGGAUAUCCUCAUUACCAUCAGGAAAAACAUGGAUCUGCCACCUUCAAGAGCACCUCUUUGAUUGGACAAUUAUACGACAUGAUUAUGAGUGAAAUUCAAAACGAAACAAAUUUUGCAACUCCUCAUCCAGAAAUAAUCAUCACCGCAUUAGAUGAUCGUGAUUAUAUUUAUGUGUCAUGUCUCUAUGAAAUUAAGAAGGCUCUUUCUUGCAAGGAGAAUCCUCUCGAUACAUUCAUGCAUUUCCUUCUCACACGGUGGAAUUUGAUUCACAAAGGAAAACAUACCAUUCAAUAUGCGAGUGAAUUUUUGAACAUUUUUUGGAGAGUGUUGUGUUGGGUGGAAUUAUUUUCUUGUUGUUUCCAUUAUCAUUCAUCUAAUGGUUCGAAUGAAAAUGAUGUGAGUUGUAGUUCAACAAUGAACACUGAAAGAAUCACCAUUCGAAUCCAUGUAUUGAAUUCUUGUUUGGAAGAUUUGAGCCCACACGAUCAAGAGACUCUUCUCAACGAGUUUAUAAACUCUUCCACCACAACCUCCAAUAAGGAAAUUCGAGUCAUGACCUUAAUGGGAAUUGAUUCUGUUCCUUUGGAAUGGGAGAGAAAGAGUUCAGUAUUGGAAAGCGAUCGAUCCAAGACUCAUAUUUAUGAAAUCACUGACACCUCCUGCAUGACAUCACCCUCUACGAUGGCAUGGAUUUUGGAACAAGUGAUUGAAUCCUCAUUGAGAAUGCAAGUCGAAUUGGGUUUCCAUUUGCAUGAUUUAAUGAAAAAAUAUUUCAUGAUGAUGGAGAAGAAUCAAAGAGAAGAUUAUUACUACGAGUUCAAUCUUUCUAAAGCUCUAUUGAAGAGACUUUUAGAACAACAAGGAUUUGAAAAGGAAUUCCCAAAAACAUUCUCUCACCUUUGCACCAAAUAA